AUGGCUCUAUCGGAGGGUACUCUGUCUUUUGCACUGGGACGCCCCGAUCUUGAAGCCCAUUGGGGGUCACUGCAAUCCGAGGAGGCAUUCCAGAACGUGAGGGAAAGGUUAUGCUCCAUCCUGACCAACACUGUCACCGCAAAGGCGGGUCUACUUCUCGCGACAAGUGGUGUCUUCGUGACCACUGUCUCUCCCGCGCCGUAUUUUGACUACACUUCACCCACCCCCUAUCUUCUACUCUUCAUAUCACUCAUGAUGGCAAUGAUUGCAAUGUUGACUUCUGGCUUGGGCAUGAUGCGUUGGCUACACGCCGAUCGGCAGUGCACUCAAGAACAAAUCAAGCCAGGCGGUUAUUCCCUCUUGUCCUACCUCUUAUCAAUGGUCAUGCUCAUGUUCUUUGUCGGCUUGUCCUUGAAUUGCUUCAUAUUCGCGAUGUUGAUAGCAGGCUUCUACUCUCAGGACACUGUCUGCCGCACUCUCACCGCGGCCUGGCUCGUCGCAUACGUCGUCAGCGUUGGGUUAAUGUCGAUCGAAUCUAUGUGGAAGCUUGCCAAGUGUCUCGAGUCACGCUGA